UUCACGGAUUGGGAUAAAUGCAGAGAACAAAUUUCCCUCACGGGAUCAAAAGAGUAUAUAUACUUACUUGAUGGUUACAAUUGGUUGUUUACUGAUUUGUGUCUAGUUGUGAUUAAAGAACUGCAUCAUUGCCAUGCCAUAGCAUUCCUGAAAAUACCCAUGGUGCAUUUGGUCUCUAACCUUUCCAGUGCUCUCACAGGGAUGGUGACCUUGAAAUAGAAAGCAUGCAAGUUUUCAUAGUGCACUUUUUUGGAUGUAUGAAGUUCAUACAUGUAGCCUAUUCUGCAGGUUAAUCUUCGUUGGGAGCAUGAUUGUAAAGAGGAAUGUGUUUAUUUGUAUGUAUUAGUCCACAGUGACACCGUAUUUCAGUUGUACAACUCUCAAGCCCAGAUAAGCCCUCAGGCCCUACAGGGAAGUCACAGGUUGCUGCUAAGCCUCCAGCUGAUGUCUACCGUUACAACAUGAAUUACCCGUCCAUGGGCCAGUGUGUCAUCAUCAACAACAAGAACUUUGACAAAAAGACGGGCAUGAACAUGCGGAAUGGGACUGACGUGGAUGCAGGAAAUAUGAUGAAGGUCUUUAAACAGCUUGGCUAUGAAGUCAUCUUCAAAAAUGACCUCUCCGUAAGAGACAUCAAGACAUUAUUAUACAAUGUGUCCCAGGAGGACCACAGCAAGUCCGCCUCCCUUGUGUGUGUCCUGCUGAGCCAUGGGGAUGAUGGGGUACUGUACGGGACCGAUGGCCCCGUGCCCCUCAAGGACCUCACCAGCCUCUUCAGGGGAGACCGGUGCCGCUCACUGGCUGGGAAGCCAAAGCUCUUCUUCAUCCAGGCAUGUCGGGGCACAGACCUGGAUAGUGGCAUUGAGACAGACAGUGUGGCCGAAGAAGGAUCCACAGAGAGGAUACCCGUGGAGGCAGACUUCCUCUACGCAUACUCCACUGUACCAGGCUAUUACUCCUGGAGAAACACCUCAAAUGGGUCAUGGUUCAUUCAGUCUGUGUGUGACAUGCUUGCCAGGUUUGGCCGAGAGCUGGAACUCAUGCAGGUCAUGACACGGGUGAACCACAAAGUGGCGCUGGAGUUCGAGUCAUGUUCCAAUCUCCCGGAAUACAAUGCCAAGCAACAGAUUCCUUGCCUUGUGUCCAUGCUGACCAAAGAACUGUACUUCCCCUAGCGAUGUGACCGAGGCAGAUUACCAUGGGAUUACCAUGGGGCUACUCUUUAUUGACAUGCUGAAGAAUGUGUUCACAGAAUACAGGUGUUAAACAAAUGAACAAUGACUGUUAAAAAAAUGAAUAUAAGAAUUAAUGUUGCACAAUGGUAUACAACUGUUUCAAAUCAAAACAGUUAGACAAUUCAGCUGGAAAUGAUAUAAAAAUAAGAAUUGGAAGACUAUACUUGAAAUAAGUCAAGCAGGGAGUUUAUCAGUUUUUAUGACCACCGCGCAGCGACGCGUAUGACACAUACUCACACAGUAGACAUAUAUACGCAUGCAUGCACAUGCACACACACACACAGGCACAUAA